AUGCUUGCCCAGGUCCGGGUCUUGUCUGAAGGAAAGGAGAACAUGUCGCAGGACGGGCCCAAUAAAAAGCCGAAACUGGACAACACUGAACCCAAAGUGGCUAUUUCCGCAAAACCAAAGCUGCUGAAGCAGUCUAUUCUCUCCUUCAGCAAACAUAAUGGGGGCCAGAAAGGAGACUCUAAAGCUGUUCGCCUCCCCUCUGUUGCCCCAGCUCGACCAAGUAAUUCGCCCAAAUCAGAGCUCGCCCGAAAACGCUCGUCAGCUGCGAUCUUGGGUGCCUUGAAUCGAAAGCACAACCAGGCCGGAUCGAAGACCAAAGCCGCUUGGCCUCCCAAGUUUCACAAGGUCGCUUUACGAGCAGAGCCCCUCUGGUCGAUGCGCCUGCAAUUACGCGAGUUUGUCACGCGUUUUGAACACCUCUUGAGCCAGAUUCCUCAGAAACAUCUCGUUUGGCUAUGCGAUCCAUUUGCAGACCUCGAAUUUCUCUCAUUUCGUCAUCUCGCUGCCGGCAUGCUUCGUCUCAUGCUUGAUAAGAAGACUGAGCCCCUCCUCGUCGAAGAAGCAACGUUACGACUCGCGCUGUCAGAAAUUGAACGAGCCACCAUCCGUAACGGCCAGCUAUGGCCUGUGCUGAUUGACUUUCUUGGACACCAAAAAGUCCUCAAGGCAUCUGUUAAGCGACAUUCGGGCCCAAAGACCAAGGCACCGAUACAAAUCACGGACCAGUCUGGUGCAGGCUCAGAGAGUGACUUGAGUUCGUCGCACUCUCAAGCCUCUCAGGAGGAGAUUGACGAAGAGGAAGAGGUCUAUGAUGUACAACAGCAAAUCAGCGUCAUCAUCGACAUGAUGCAUCUCUGUCUCCAGUGCGAGGCCGUACGCAAAGACUUGGAGUCUCGGCAGAACACUGCCAGAAGUGCAGCCUUGCAGCACAUGAAGGAUCGUGCGACAAUGAAGCAAGCAUACGAACUUGUCAAGCAAGACCUACACACUGCCCAAUUCAAGACGUCCGACAAGACGGAAGUCAAGGCGUGGCAAGAUAAGUGGAUUACUGCUCGAGAUGAGCAUGAAAAGAGCCUCCUUGCUUUGGACGUUGCACUAUUCAUAGUCCAGCGCGCGGCUCGAUUACGCACAAAGCCACUUGGUGAAGACGUCCUUGGCAACACUUACUGGAUCUUUGGCGAUCGCGUCCGAGAAGCUGCCGACAGGGAUCUUGGCUGUAAAGUCAUUUUGAUGCCAAGCCAUGGCCGCUGUGGACCUGAAUGCGAAGCGAAGCGUGAUGACCAUGCUACUUGUCCUUGUCUUGAUUUCAGCAAAGAUGCGCUGGAGUCCAUGUUUGAUGACGAAGAGGAAACAAGGGCAGACUCAGAGAUUGCGGCUGAGGAAGUGAGCACAUGGUUUGAAGUCAGGACCGCAUCGGACAUUAAGAAAUUGAGUGCAUGGGUGCAAAGCAGCGCGCGUCAAAGGCUGCCAUCCAAGCCCAAACAACAAGAGAUUGCCAGAUUGCAAAGAACGGCUGCUCCAGCGGUCUCUGCUUCUUCUACCAUACGUCAGGAGCCUACAGAGCCGAUGAUCACCUCAAGUGAUCCUAUCACGGAAGAUGAUGUGGAUGAGCUCGAUCUGUUGGUCCACACUCCUACAAUAGCGCCGUCAAAAGCAGACAAGGACAUUCUCGAGCUGCUUGACCAGAGUGACUCUGACUUGACAGAUCUAUCCGACUUAUCUUCCCUGGUUGAGGAGACGCCAACUCUGGAACGUCUUCAAGCUACCGCUGAUCAGUGGCAACAAGUCGAGACAUUGUCGAGUGGUCUUGAUCUUUUUGCAAGCUGGCUCGCUCAUGUACAAGACGACACUGCCAAGGACACGAAAUAG